ACUGGUUCUAGAAUAAUGGAAAACCAGUUGGCUAAGUCCACUGAAGAACGAACAUUUCAGUACCAGGAUUCUCUUCCUUCAUUGCCUGUUCCUUCUCUUGAUGAGUCAUUAAAGAAAUAUCUUGAUGCAGUUAAGCCAUUUGCAAAUGAAGAAGAAUAUAAACAAACAGAAGAAAUAGUUAAAAAAUUUCAGAAUGGAAUUGGAGAAAAGUUACACCAGAAAUUACUUGAAAGAGCAAAAGGAAAAAGAAAUUGGCUGGAGGAAUGGUGGUUGAAUGUUGCCUACCUGGAUGUCCGUAUACCAUCACAACUGAAUGUCAACUUUGGAGGCCCUGCAGCUCACAGUGAACAUUACUGGCCUCCAAAAGAAGGCACACAGUUAGAAAGAGGAUGUAUAACUCUUUGGCAUAAUUUGAAUUAUUGGCAGCUAUUAAAAAUGGAAAAACUAGCAGUUCAUAAAAUUGGAAACAUACCUUUAGACAUGAAUCAAUUCCGAAUGCUGUUCUCUACAUGCAAGGUACCAGGAAUUUCUAGAGAUUCAAUCAUCAGUUACUUUAGAACUGAGAGCGAAGGACAUACCCCAAGUCACAUAGCAGUGUUGUGUCGAGGUCGAGUUUUUGUCUUUGAUGUCAUGCAUGAAGGUUGUAUGAUGACUCCGCCAGAGCUGCUCAGGCAACUUACUUUUAUCCAAAAAAAAUGCCACAGUGAACCUGAUGGACCUGGGGUAGCAGCAUUAACCAGCGAAGAGCGAACCCGAUGGGCUGAGGCAAGAGAAUAUCUGAUUAGUCUUGAUCCAAAGAAUUUGACUAUAUUGGAAAAAAUUCAGAGCAGUUUGUUGGUCUUUUCUUUAGAUGAUGCUAGUCCACAAGUAACACCUGAAGAUUAUUCUGAGGUAACUACAUUGGUACUUACUGGUGAUCCAACAGUACGCUGGGGCGACAAAUCUUAUAACUUUAUUUCCUUCUCCAAUGGAUUGUUUGGCUGUAAUUGUGAUCAUGCACCUUAUGAUGCUAUGGUCAUGGUUGAUAUCUGUCAUUAUGUGGAUCAGAAGAUCUUUGAAAAUGAGGGGAGGUGGAAGGGUUCUGAAAAAGUGAGAGGAAAUAUCCCUCUGCCAGAGGAGCUUGUUUUCACUGUGGACCAUAAAGUAUUAGAUGCCAUUAGCCAGGCUAAAGAGCAGUAUCUCAAACAGGGAUCAGACUUGCAGAUUGUGACUUAUGCCUUUAAAUCUUUUGGCAAAAUGCAAACCAAGAAGAAGAAGCUUCAUCCAGAUACUUUUAUUCAGCUGGCGCUUCAGCUGGCCUACUACAGACUUCAUGGAUGCCCAGGUAGCUGUUAUGAAACUGCUAUGACAAGGGCUUACUACCAUGGUCGCACGGAGACUGUGAGAUCAUGUACUUUGGAAGCAGUUGAAUGGUGUCAGACCAUGCAGGAUCCUUCUGCCAGUCUUCAUAAACGGCAGCAAAAGAUGUUACAAGCUUUUGCAAAGCAUGGUAAAAUGAUGAAAGAAUGUUCAUCUGGGAAAGGAUUUGAUCGUCACCUUUUAGGUCUCCUUCUCAUAGCCAAAGAGGAGGGGCUACCCAUUCCAGAGCUCUUUACAGACCCAAUUUUCUCCAAAAGUGGAGGCGGUGGAAAUUUUGUCCUGUCAACCAGUCUUCUUGGUUAUACACGAGUCCAUGGAGUGGUGGUGCCUAUGAUUUACCGUGGCUAUGGCUUUUUCUACCACAUCAGAGAUGACAGGUUUGUCGUGGCCUGUACAGCUUGGAAAUCAUGUGCAGAGACUGAUGCGGAAAAGCUGGUUAGGAUGGUAUUCUGUUGUUUCCAUGACAUGAUGCAGUUGAUGAACACUGCCCAGCUUUAGAGAUUGAUUCCAAAUUAAGUCCGUACCAAAAAAUAUUGUUAAAAGAUGUGCUGGGCAUGAAUUGGGGCUAUGCAGAGGAAGUUUGAUUUGGCAGAAAGUAGUUAAAUGUAGAAAUAAUGAAGAAGAAUCUAUCAAUAUUAUGUAGCACUUACUGCCACAUAUUCUAGAAAUAGAACAUUGUCUCCCAGCUGAAGGUAAUGCUUGCAGCAAUAAAACUACUAAACAGUGAGUAUAGAACUAUGCAAUACUUAUGUAUGCCUUAACAAUACAUAUCCAUCCAUUUUCCCAGUACAAGUCUAAUUUUAACUUUUAUAUAAGAGAUUUUUGUUGAUAUCUGUAUAAAAACACUGAUGUUGUUCUUGCUUGGUCACUGUUUUAUUUAAAUGUUCCAUCCUCCAUGCACUUUAUCUCUUUCUAGCUGUCAAAGGGCAUGACAAAUAUGUUCAGAGGCUCAGCUGCCUAAAAUUCAUGCCUUCCACUUCCACUGCAGAGAGGCCAACUGCAGGUUUACUGUGCGUGAGGGAAGAGACCACUAGAAACACUAGACUACAGAGAACAACAAAAACUAGCUUGUAGCCAGGUGGUUGAUGCUAAAGAGAUCAUAAACCUAACAACGUCGCUCAUCCUGUAUUUCGGUGAUUCGUGACUAUAAGUACAAAGCACUUGGUAGAAAGUCAGUUUUUAAAAAUUUGUGAAGGGUUACUUGACAAAUUCUCAGGAUCUUCUGCUUGCUUUUUGAUCAUUUUUUUCUCUGUUCAACUUUGUAGUUUGCACUCUGAAAAUAAAAUUUAUUGAAUCAUC